AAUACGAUAAGCUAUAAGAAUAACGAGAACAGUGAAUCUGUGAUGCUAACCAAAGAUUCUAAUAAUGAGGAAAAGACUGUUGAUGCAUUAAAUACAUGUUAUGAUAAGGAAUCUGUGAUGCUAACCAAUGGCUGUAAUAAUGAGGAGACGACUAUUGACGCAUUAAAUACAUGUUAUGGUAUUAAUACAAAAAGCUAUAUAGAUAAGAACAACGAGAACAACAGUGAAUCUGUGAUGCUAACCAAAGACUCUAAUAAUGAGGAGACGACUAUUGACGCAUUAAAUACAUGUUAUGAUAAGGAAUCUGUGAUGCUAACCAAUGACUCUAAUAAUGAGGAGACGACUGAUGACGUAUUAAAUACAUGUUAUGGUUAUGAUAUUAGCACAUUAGAUGUGAUCUUUAUGGAUAAAUAUAGAAAGACAAUGAAUAUUAUGAAUAAGGACUGCGAUAUUGAAGGAAAGUCUGAUGCUACAGAUACAUGUAAUACAGUUGAAAAUGAUGAUAUCGCAGGCAAAGAU